AAAAAUUUCAAGAUUAUGAGAAUGUUCAUUUAUUCGAAGAUUAUGUCAAAAAAUAUCAUCCAAAUAAAUAUAAUAUUUGGUCAGAAUUUAAAAAAGCUGAAGAUAAACGACUUGAAAUGAUUGAAUCCAAAAAAUCAUUUGUAAAAAAUCCAGGAUAUGAGCAUCCUAAUUCUAGAUAUUAUAGUAGAUCAUUAAAUUCCAUAUUAGAAUAUAUUAAUUCAACAGUAUCCG